UGGUGUUCACUGAUUUAUCGUGAGAAUAUCUUGUUCGCUGAGCCUGUUCAUUUGAUUGAAAAAAGUUAUUAUUACAAAUACUGUUCGUCAAUUUAUAACAAGAAAAAAAACACUAUUAAAUCACUAAUACGUAGACAAGCGCAACUCGCUUUUGCGCGACUCUACACUCCACUGGCAAUUGCUGCUGAUGCUAGUACUGCCUUUAGAGUGGAUUGACGGUCCCUCUAGAGUGGUAGACCAACCGGAAUGUACUCCUACCUUCUAGAGUGGUAGACCACCAGGACGCUGCAGCAGUUCGGGCAUUGCAGCAGCAGCAGCGUGGAUUGACGGUCCCUGAGUCCCUGACCCUCCAGGUGAGAAAACUUGCCCCCAUCCAUCCAUCUCCUUCAGCGCCCCGCGCUGUGCUGUGUGCUGUGUGUGUGUUCUUGACGCCGCUGCCGGCAUGUCGCUGUCGACAAGUACUAGGCAGCCAUCCGCAGGUGUUCUUGUUCCACUGUUCAGUCGGUUGAUUUUGAUUGAUUGUGGAUAGAUUAGAUUAGAUACGGGGGGUCAGGUUCAGGUGAUUAGGCGAACCCGAUUGUUGAGUGGAUGCAAUGCAAUCAUGGGUCUGCCAAGUGCCACCAGUCUCGAUCGUCUUGCGACGUUGCCUUGUCCAAUUCCUUCUCGGCGGGGGGUCUUGUGAUCUUAGCGCCGAUUUAAUUCUGUCUUCGUCUUGUUCAGAGUGUCGCUCAUCUUGCAAUCGCCCGGCCGCGCAGGUUCUUCCGGUGAGUCGGAUGUGCUCCAGUCCAUUCCGUAGAGAUGGACGGAUCGAGGCGGCAGCAGAGGAGGAAGGGCUCGCCGGCAGCGGCGGCGGCGGGGAGGCCCCGCACCGUGCCGAUCGCCGUCACACCGGAGGGCUUCUGGUGCUGCCCGUCCCCCGCCGCGCUGCACAAGAGCCUCGUCAAGAACCCGCACCACCACCACCAUCCCCACGCCAAGCACGCGCCGCCGGCGCAUAAGACCUCCUCGGCCCCUCCGUCCAGAGCCCCCUCGGUCCAGACCGCGCCGUCCGUCACCGACGACCCGGCGCCCGCCGUGACGGACGACCAACAGCACCACAACCAAAGCCAAGCGACAACCGAGACUCCGGCUCCGGCUCCGGCGCCGGACGGCGGGCAGCAGGAGUCGCCGCCGCCGCCGCCGCAGCAGCAGCAGCACAAGGUCUGCGUUGGGUUCGGGCGGCCGGAGACGAGCGACCUGACGGUGAUGCUCUACGGAAAAGAAGGCAUCGCGGUCAGGAUGAGCGUCCACAGCGACGUCCUCUCCCAGAGCAGCGCCUUCUUCGCCCACCGCCUCUCCGCCGCCGGCGGCGGCGGCGGCCCCGCCCCCAACCAGCCCUGCGUGGUGGAGAUCGACGACUGCGACGACGCGGAGAUGUACGUGGAGACGGUGGGGCUCAUGUACUGCGACGAGGCCAAGCACCGGCUGCUGCUGAAGCAGGAGAGCGUCCCGCGCGUGCUCCGCAUCAUCAAGGCCGCCGACGCGCUGGGAUUCCGCGCCUGCGUCACGUCCUGCCUCCACUACCUGGAGGCCGUCCCGUGGGUCGGCGACGAGGAGGAGCGCAGCGUCGUGUCGUCGGUCCGCUGUCUCCAGAGCAAGGACAGGGACAAGGACGACGGCUGCUGCAACAACUACUACGGCGGAGUCGUCAGCCCGCUGCUGAAGAGGGUCGCCGCCUCCGACGACUGUCUGAGACCGCCCAGCGACACGUUCGCGAGCAUCACGGAGAUGGUGCUGACGAGCACCGACGACCGGGGCCGGCGCGAGAUGAAGGCACUUGUCCUCAACCUCCUUAAAGACAGCAGCCGCAGCAGCCAUGUCGCCGGCGGCGACGGUUCACCACCAGACAACGACAUCUCCUCUGCCAAAACGCUGUACGCCUCGUGCCGGGGCUGCCUGGACCGGCUCCGGGAGCUGUUCGCGGAAGCGUCGUCGUCGUCGUCGUCCGAAUCGGACUACUACUGCCCCGCCGCCGUCACGCGGCGGAUCGCGCUGGAGACCGACAACCUGCUGUGGCUGGUGGAGAUGCUGGUGGCGAGCCAGCGCGGCGGCGGCGGCGACGGCUUCGUGGCGCUGUGGUCGGGGCAGGCGGAGCUGGCCGCGUCGCACGCCAGGGUGCCGGCGCCCUCCCGCCACGCCGUGAGCCGCGUCACGGCGCGGCUGUUCGUCGGCGUCGGGAGAGGGGAGCUGCUCCCGCCCAGGGACGCCCGCCUCCGCCUCCUCCAGGUCUGGCUGCACCCGCUCAUCGACGACUACGCGUGGCUGCAGCGCGGCGGCGGCUCCCGGCCGUCAACGUCGGCGUCGGCAGCGUUCGACAGGAGGCUCGUCGAGGACGGCAUCGGGCAGACGAUCCUCACGCUGCCGCUGGAGGAGCAGAGGUCCAUCCUGCUGGCGUGGUUCGGGAGGUUCUUGAAGCUCGGCGACGAUUGCCCGAAUCUGCAGAGGGCGUUCGAGGUGUGGUGGAGGAGGACUUUCGUCAGGCCGUACGUUCUUCAUCAGCCUGAUUCUGACGCAGGUGAUGUUUGGCCAUCAGAUAGAGGUUCAUCUUGAAAUGGUAGCGGAAUUUAAACUUUAGCUGCUAAUCAUAGAAUGUUUGGGAGAAACGGAAACCGUUUCUGAAUCUUGAGGGUAUUAUUGUCUUGGUUAGUUCAUCUGACAGGAGAGUUGGCAAGAAUUUGGGUGUUUUUAAUGUGUAAAGUUUGAUGGUUUGCAAUUGCAAGCAAGGCUACGAUGUUUGUUAACCGAGUGUAAAAUCAGAUGAUUUUCUCUGUUUGUAAGAGGAAAAUCAUCAUCAAUGAUUGGAAUACUAAUA